GUUUAAUGAUGUGAAAGUGAAAGUGUUAGAAGUGAGUUGUUCAGAUCAACAUGAAGAAGGGCAGCAAACUCCUGAGCACCCCCGCUGGGGGGUUCAGCUUCGAGAACUGUGGCAGGAACACGGCAUUGGAGGAGGAUCUGCAGCAAGGGGGUCUCAAAGCUCCAAAGCCAAACAAGACAGGGACCACCAUCGCUGGUGUCAUCUUCAAAGACGGAGUGAUUUUGGGAUCUGAUACCCGGGCCACAAAUGACAUGGUCGUGGCUGACAAGAACUGCAUCAAGAUUCAUCACAUCGCUCCAAACAUUUAUUGCUGUGGAGCAGGAGUGGCCGCAGACGCUGAAGUGACCAUGCAGUUGAUCGCGUCCAACAUCCAACUCCACAGCCUGUCGACCGGGCGCCAGGCUCGGGUGGCGACUGUCAACCGGAUGCUGAAGCAGAUGCUGUUCAGGUACCAGGGUCGCAUUGGAGUGUCGGUGAUUAUCGGCGGAGUGGACUGCACGGGACCACACCUGUACUCGGUGCAUCCUCAUGGUUUUGCGGAAGCUCUGCCCUUUGCCGCUGAUGGUUCUGGAGCAGCUGCUGCCAUAGCUACAUUGGAGGAUCAGUUCAAGCCAAACAUGGAGGAAGAAGCUGCCAAGCAGAUGGUGAAAGACGCCAUCAUGGCCGGGAUAUUCUGCGAUCUCGGCUCCGGGAGCAACGUUGACCUCUGCGUCAUCACCAAAAACAAGGUUACGUUUCUCAGAGGAUUCGAUUGCCCCAACGCAAAGGGGGAGAAGAAGGGGAUGUACCGUUACAAGCAGGGCACCACAGCCGUGUUGUCUGAGUCCGUGACUCCGCUGCAGCUUGAGCUGAUGGAGGAGGUUGUGCAGAGGAUGGACACUGAGUAACGAGCCACGUCCCGUCGCUCUCCACAAGGGGGCAGCAACAACAUGCCACCGCCGCUGGGAAUGGACGCAUUUUACAGUAUAUUUUCCUCAGCUUUUCUCACACGAUCACAAACCAAUCAAUUGUAUCCCCUUCACUUAAUGUAGACACAAAAUGCUGGAGUAAGUCAGCGGGUCAGGCCGCAUCUCUGGAUAAAAGGAAUAGGUGACGUUUUGGGUCGAAACCCUUCUUCAGACUUCACUUUCUGCGUUUACCCCAAUCGCACUGAGUGAAGAAUGGUCUAAAGAAGGGAUUCAAACCAAAACGUCACCUUUUCCUUUUCUCCAGCAAUACUGCCUGGAGCUGCGCCAGGAUUUUGUGUCUAUCUUCGAUGUAAACCAGCGUCUGCAGUUCCUUCCUAAGCAUUGAGUGAUGUGUUUGGUGUCGUUUUUACAAGGGCGGGCCAAUAUUAUGGAUUCGGCAAGUCCAGGCUUCCACCCCAAUGGGCUGAUCCUGCCUGUUCCCACUCCCUGGGUCAUGUCCUCUCAUGCGGCCAACACCAGGCCUCAUUCUUGACCGCUCUUGGGGUCCCUUGCUGACCUCUUGACCAAUACCAGCACGUUGGCCUCCCCUUGGGUAAUGUUGGGACAUUCGGUCUACAUCUUGGCCAAUCCCAAGGUCUCCGGCCAUCUUCUCAACCAAUCCUGGGAUCUUUUGAUCUCCCAUCAGCCAAUCCCAAGGUCUCUGGCCACUUUCUCAGCCAAUCCUGGGACCUUUUGGUCUCCCACCAGCCAGUCCCAGAACUUUGGCCACUUUCUCGGCCAAUGGCGGGACCUUUGGUCUCCCUUGAGACCAAUCACACAAUCUCUGGUCACCGACUCGGCCUAUAUCACAUCUCCAACAUUCAGCAUAGCUGCUCCAGGAGUCCCCAACCUCUGUCCCAGGUUUUCUGUCCAACCACCCAGACCAGACAAGCCACCUCUACCAAGGAUUCCAGGAAUCAAACCCGCCCUGACCCUGGAUUGCGUAAUUUGCGUGGCAAGGACACAUAAGUGGGACAGGGCCUUAAUGAGCUGGGAGGAACAUUGAACAAUAAACAGCCAAUACUGAGGAGAAACACUGACAGACAUGAUUUAAUGGCAUGGUUUAAAUGCUUUGAAAGAAGAAGAAAAAUGUUUGUGUAUUUUAAGCAGUUUCCGCUGAAUAAUUUUUUACAAAUUACAAUACUUCAUAAAACUAAUUUUACUUU